UCCAAACAAAUUUCCUUUUUCCUUUCUUAAAAAGUCAAAAACCACCCAUUCAUGUCCACGCGCACAAAAGACAAACAAGUACACAGCUGGGUUAUAGAAGAGAAGGUUGUAGAAGCAGAAACAUUUUGCGGAAGGAUGCGAAACAUGUGGGGGCAAGGGCAACCCUACUCUCUGCCUCUGUGGAAUCCACUGGCAGUGAAACUGAAAGCCGGGAGGCCUUUCCUCGUCUUUCCCGGAUUAAUGCGCCAGGGAAGCGUCUCUGUGGCACUGGCCGGAAAUCGACAUCCGAGGCUCCGGGAUUUACCUUUACCCAAUUGGAAUGCAUCGACCCCGUCUCCAUCCGCUGAAUCUGUGGGUGCCUUUAGCCAAACGCUUUCUUCUGCUCUGCCCCCCAUUCAACUCCUCAAACUCAAACCUCCAGGCUUUCGACCCUCUCCUCAACUGGGUCUGCUUUCUCUCCUCUUCGCCCUCUCCAUGGCCAUUGGUGCCAUUUUCGCCCUGGCUAUAAUUUCCAUUCCAACUAUCAACGCUUUUACAAGAUUGUCAGCUUCACUGGAUAAAUUGUCCCGAGUUGUCUCAGAGGAGGUACCCGGCACCUUGUCCUCUCUCAAACUUUCUGGGCUUGAGAUAAACGAAUUGACCCUACAACUUAGCAAUCUCAGGUCAAGAAUUUCUGGAAUUCAAAACCCAAAGAAAGUCAGAAACAAUAAGCCCUCUUCUUUUGGAAGGAGGAACUACCCUUAAAGCAUAUGGAGGAUCAACGAAUCUUUUGGUAUAAAUCGUUCCCCGACUUCUGUGAUAUAAAACUGCUAUAUUAUGUUAUGUAACCCCUCAAAUUAUAGUGAAGCUAGGCGCUUCUUUGUGGUAAUUAGUGUCAAGCCAUUGAGGGCAUUCUCAGGCUAAUCUCAGCCCAUCUAGAAUUUAUUUGCAGAGAACUAUCUCUGCUUUAUUUCGAAUCUCUACACUAUGUAGAAAACCUUCUUGAAGUUUGUUUAAUAUACUAGUCUUGAAUCUUAGUGUGUAAA